AUGUUCGCCGGCACGUUCGCGCUACCUUGCACCGAUGACGCUCUCGCAGCAAUCCGAGCAGGGUUUCAUGACUGCUUUCCCGGUGAUGGAGGCUGCGAUGGAUCUUUGAUCCCCGGAAACGAAUAUGAAAGAACCAAAAACAAUAGCCUCGCCGACAUUAGCCAACAGCUUGCUGCCCUGGCUGCUAAGUACGAAGCUGGCACCGCGGACAUGAUAUUCUUUGCAGCUUCCCACUCAAUCAUGACCUGUCUCCUCGGCCUAGUCGCCCAAACCUUCAUCCGCCGCACCGACUCCACCACCGCCGCCCCCGAAGGCGUCCUUCCCGGCCACACCCAAACCGCAGAAGCCAUUUUAAUCAAGUUCACCACCAAAGGCUUCUUGGCACUCCACUUCGUCGCCCUCCUCGGCACCCACAGCACCGCAAAGCAAUUCUUCGUCGACCCCUCUCAUGCAGGCGCACGCUUCGACGCCACACCUGGCCAGUGGGACGUCACAUACUACGGACAGGUCGUGACAGAUACAGCGGAGUUCCAGCUAAACUCGGAUAAGAGGAUUAUCCAGGAUGCGAACAUGGCGCCGUUGUCUGACCUGUUUACGGUGGAUAAGGUGGGCUGGGCUAUUGUGUUUACGACAGCGUGGCGGAAGAUGCAGCUGCUUGGAGUGGAAGGUGGGCCAAGUAAUCCGAAUUCAAUUGAUUGUACGAGUGCGCGACCGGUUGUUCCAGCGGCUGGGGGCAGUGUGAAGAGGAAUGGUAUGCCUGCUCCGUAGUCGAUGUUGAGGCGGUGUUGGGGUUGAGGGUUUGGGUUUUGAGUUGUAUAUCGAGCCUCGGAACCGCGAUGGAGAU